CUCAAGGAAGGCUGUCUACCUCCAGCUCUCAGCGCGACGUAGCCAGCUAUGCAGCCACUAGCAGCUCCGAUGAGUGGGAGCGAGAGAUAGAGCGAGCGUUCCGUCGAUCAGGCCUUCAUUCAACUCCAGCCACUUCGAUAGUCACAGCGAAGUUCAUCGCUGUUCUCUACAGAGGAUGAAUAGCAGUAACGUAAGCGAGCUACCCAGCAUUCGGUGAUGGAAUUGGAAGAAGGGGUCCCCAGGUCCACCUACCAGGCGACCUUUAAUCACAGUUUACUCAAUAAUCAGACCCCAACAGACUAUUCGGUCCACUACUCGGAUAUGGACCAAAAUGAGUCUCUGGAUGCCAACUCAACCAAGGCCCUUGCUCUUCCCAUGUACUAUUCCGCUGAUUUUAGGAUUAUAGCAGCGACAUUAAGUGCCAUCGUGUUCACCGUUGGCUUCGUUGGCAACACAUUGGUGGUGAUUGUGAUUGCACGUACCAGGAGCAUGCAUACCACGACCAAUUGCUACCUUCUGAGUCUCGCUGUGGCUGAUUGCAUUGUCUUGCUUUCAGCAACUCUACCUUCCAUCCCGGAACCGUUCUUUCAAGUUAACGAAUGGCCCUUUGGAAGGGCCUUGUGUUCCAUUUUGAUAUUUUUCCAGUUUGUUGGUGUAAACGCAUCAUCGCUGUCUAUCACUGCUUUUACAAUCGAGCGUUACAUUGCGAUAUGCCAUCCGAUGAGGGCCCAAACUAUUUGUACGGUGUCACGGGCUAAAAGGAUCAUAGGGGUGCUGUGGUUGAUGACCCUCACGUAUUGUUGUCCUUGGUUAGGGCUUACAGAUGUCCAGUCUAUCCAACAGUUGAACGGACUUACUAUUGAAAAGUGUGACUUCCGCUUACAUCGCGCGUCUUACCUUGUGUAUUUCUUGACAGACCUCAUCAUUUUUUAUGUCAUUCCCUUCAUCAUUGCCGCUGUUCUCUAUUGCCUGAUUGGAAGGAUAUUAUUCAUGAGUACUUUACCUAAAAACCUGGAAAGAAACGCUCGCAGUGGAUCCGACUGGAGCUCUAAACGUCAUACUAAUUCCAGAAUACAGGUGGUGCGGAUGCUGAUAGUUGUUGUGUUCGUCUUCGCAACGUUGUGGAUGCCGUACCGAGUGAUGGUUGUCUAUAACUCCUUCGCCAGGAAGAAAUACUUGGACCUGUGGUUUCUCUUGUUCUGUAGAACCAUGGUGUACAUCAAUAGUGCCAUUAAUCCAAUCCUCUACAAUGCCAUGUCGGUCAAGUUCCGUCGUGCCUUCAAGAACCACUUGUGCUGUGGUGACAAGAAGUCUCAGGUCCCAACCUACAUGUACAGCGAAAUGGCGACCGAGUCAAUGGCGCGUCGGCAAACAGUAAUAGGUCGUCCCUCCCACGACGUAAGGACAAAUGGGAAGGGGUGUGGGGAACAAAGAUACACUUAGCCCCGCCUCCCCCCAAGUCGGACAGGUGACACACGGCCAUUAUCCUAGCAGGGUAGCCCAUCCCAUCAUGCCCAAAUUUGGUAGUCAGAUGUAUCGCUUGUGUAUUUUGAGUCGUAGUGAUGUUUUGUGGCGUAGAUGCAUGGUGAAAUAAGUGUAAGCACAUUUAUUUAUGUAUUUAUUUAUAGUUGCCUGAUGUGUCCAUUUACCAUUUUACCCAUUUAUCUCAUAAACACUAAUAUGGGCAGAUAUCCAGAGUCAUAGCGCACAGCGGUGGUUGUGGCGUCGCUAUUGGUUCAACGUACCUCCGGUAUGCUGGAAAUACGUGAUGGCUGGUUCGAAUUACAAAUUUGCUUUUUAGAAUUCUUUUAAGCGAUAAAACUGAAAUAUGGGAGUGGUUGAGGCUUUACGCCGCUCUCACAAUUCCAUCAAUAUUACGGUUUGGACAUUAGAAAUCGGUUUCACGCAUGAGAGGAAUCGAACCCAGACUUUAGGUGUGACGUGAGACGUGAUGUGUAAAACACUAGGUUACACCACCACGCCUUAAUUACUAAGACGGUGUUAAAUGCUCUACUGCAUACAAGAAAUAACUUUUUGAGUUUUUUUCUAUAUUAAAGAAUUUGCUUUAAUAUGUAAUUUGGAAUUCAGAGUGGAAAAGAGGAUUUGAUUUUUCCCCCAUUUGCAUAAUUGGAGUUAUCCAGCCUCAUGUAAGAAUGUCGAGUUUUGAUUGGUUCACGUGACUGAUAAAAUACCAUGUACACCCGAGC